CGUUUUUAACCUAUCCUGAAAAUAUAUAGACUACGUAUAACAAAGAUAAAAUAAAGCCAGCGACACACGGUGCUUGUUUUCGUGCUAGAUUGCUUGCUGGAUAUAAAUACUCUGUUUUGAUUGUUACAUUUCCAUUCAUCUUUAGGAAUUGUUAAAUAAAUAUUAAUCUUCCUUGUUGUUUAUUUUGAUUUAAACAGUCCCGUUCAAUAAACAACGCAUUUUUCAAAAUAAAAAAAUGUUGCUAACACUGAAACCAGAUCACAAGAAGCAUAUAUUGUUUCUAGCAGAACAAUCACCGCCAGUUCUACAAGAUUUUUGCAAAUUGGCCUUGGAUUAUCUGCAAAAGGGCCCAAAUGUUAAAGUGUACAAUGCUGCUGCUCAGAAACUAAAUGUUGAGUUUGAUGUAAUUAAAAAUUCAGUUGAGGGUUUGGUUAAUCUCUUGCUGGAAGCAAGCAAGCAUAAGUUGAACACAGAAGACUUUCGGGAUUCUAUGAUUGCUUUAGGUUUCACAGAAGUGAAAGAAGCAAUACUAAGCAAGUUGUACAGUGUUAAAAAAGAAGAGGUUACAGAUGCACUUGAAGAAAUUGGAUUUAAACGACUCAAGUAUCACGACAUGGAAUGGAGACAUGAAGUUCAGAUUGCAUCAAGGUGCUGUCUGAAACAAGUUGUGCCACUCGUCACUCUAGAUUUGUCGUUAAAAAACCCCGACAAUUCGGAUAAUAUAGAGCAUGUUUUGCUACAAACGGAUCUUACCAACUUACUUCACAUGACUCAACAGUUGGAAGAGGCUCUACAGGAGAGCCGUAGCCAACACAUCCGCAGUAUAUCCAGAGCAAUAAAAUGAGCUGGCUUUCUGUGAUUUUGUGUCAAUUACGUUUAAUGUAUUAAUUAAUAUAUUAAUAAAUAUGAAUUCAAGAUUAAGUAAAAAAAUGUUGAUUUAUGUGAUAAGUAUAACUCAACAAUUUUCUCAAAUCACAUCUGUCAUUGACAUCUAUAAAGUUUCACUCUGCUCAGCUUAUCCCAAAUAAUAACUGACAGUAAUCGUACAUGCGUCACACUCGCAUAAGUGUAUUCUGUAUGUGUGUAUAUAUUUCUAUGUAUUGUACUAAGCAUUUCUCAGUCUUGCAGUUGGACCCUCAUUUGAAUAUAUAAUUAGAUAAUUGGAUCUUCUUCCACAGGGGAAGUAUAUAAGAGAAGAUCUGUGAUCUUUUUACACUCGUACUUGUUUGGGUGUGACAGUACCAUUACAGGCUAUUCCUAUUAUAGAGUAUUGAUGUUUUACAAAUUGGAGUUUUUAAUUGCCUUAAAUUCAGGACUAGUAGCAAUUAUAU